GGUCGGUUCUGAGGAGAGGGACAGCAACGGCAAAGAAACGCAGGAACAAGUCAGUUGGAUAGAGAGAAGAAAGAAAAUAAUACAGAAAUCCUUUAAACAAUGAAACCGACCGAAUAAGCCACUACAGUCAACUAGUAUUGAAUUCGUUUUAAACAUUUAAUUCAAUGACUUUUUUUUAUUUUUUAUACAAGCAAGGUUAGCGGUUUGCGAGAGAGAGCUGUGUCAUUGAGCAGGCAAGACACGUCAGGAGACGAGAGAAAAGCUGGUUAGCCAUAACUAGCUACUAUAUGAGCGAAAGCCAUAAAAGUAUCCUAUCGCUUGUCAUAAACUUGAUUUUCACAAUCUUAUCAGACACAUCGAGAUUGCCGAUUGACUACUGGACGGAUCGAGUCAUCGCCUGGAUCAAGGGUAACGUUAGCGACCAAAAGGACGUAAAGAUCACGGGAUAGCACAUAUUGUGUGGGGGAAAACAAAUGGGGGAUUACGGGUUUGGAGUCUUAGUGCAAAACAACACUGGCAACAAGUCUGCAUUCCCAGUUAGAAUUCACCCACAUCUGCAACCUCCACAUCAUCAUCAGAAUGCGUCUCCAAGCCCUGCUGCUUUCAUAAACAAUACCACAUCUGGUAAUGGCAGUAGCAGUGGGUCGCCUUGGCUUUUUUCAGCCACAGCUGCCCACAGCAGCAUGCAAGAUGAAAUUCUUGGGUCUGAAAAACCCAAAGGCCAGCAACAGGAAAUGCAAGAAACGCAAGAAAAGCAGCAACUGUCCCCUGGCCACCAGGAGUCUGUAAUCAUAUCUGAGUUAGAGAAGGCGAGGUCCGAGGAGAACAAGGUGGAGGGCAGCCCCUCAGAGGGUAGCAAUGGAAAGGAGAAGCUGCGCCUCGAGUCCCCAGUACUGACAGGCUUCGACUACCAAGAGACAUCGGGUCUUGGGGCUCCGGCCCAGUCCAGUACCUCCUCGUCCCUGACUGGCUUCAACAACUGGUCAGCGGCUAUUUCCCAGACACCCUCCACCAUCAUCAACGAGGAUGUCAGCUUCUUCAACCCAGCUGCAUCUGCUAACAAUGGGGCCCUCCUGUUCCAGAAUUUCUCCCACCACAACAGCCCAGGCUUUGGGGGAAACUUCUCCCCUCAGAUUGGACCCAUCUCCCAGCACCAUCCCCCACAUCCACACUUUCAGCACCCACACAACCAACACCAACAGCACCGCAGGUCCCCGGCCAGCCCACACCCUCCUCCCUUCCCCCAUAGGAAUGCUGCGUUCAGCCAGUUGCCGCAUUUGUCCAAUAAUCUGAAUAAACCCCCGUCACCUUGGGGUAGCUACCAAAGCCCUUCUCCUUCUCCCUCUUCUACCUCCUGGAGUCCCGGCGGGGGCUAUGGUGGCUGGGGAGGCUCCCAGGGGCGUGAGUACCGUCGGGGCCUCAACGGAGGCAUGACCCCACUGAACUCCAUCUCCCCACUGAAGAAAACAUUCCCCAACAACCACGUGCCGUCGCAGAAGUACUCCCGCACCAGCCCUGGGUUCAACCCCAAGUCCUGGAUGGACGAGAGUGUGAGCAGGAGUGACAACAUCUUCCCCUUCCAGGAGCGCACCAGAUCCUUUGAUGGCUUCAACAUGCAUUCCCUGGAGAACUCUCUCAUUGACAUCAUGAGGGCCGAGCAAGAUACCCUGAAAGGUCGUCUCGGAUUCACCCAUCCAGGGGGAGAAAGUCCUCUGCCCAUCAAUGCAAGGAAUUAUGGGAGGAGACGAGGUCACUCUUCCCUGUUCCCCAUGGAGGAUGGUUUCCCUGACGACGAGCGUGGUGAACAGAGCCUGCCUGGCCUUGGCUCGCCCCACUGUUUUCCCCACCAGAAUGGGGAGCGUGUUGAGCGUUACUCCCGCAAGGUCUUUGUCGGUGGCCUCCCGCCAGAUAUUGAUGAAGAUGAAAUAACUGCAAGUUUCCGUCGCUUUGGACACCUCUUUGUGGACUGGCCUCACAAGGCAGAGAGCAAAUCUUACUUUCCCCCGAAAGGUUAUGCUUUCCUGCUGUUCCAGGAUGAGAGCUCUGUGCAGGCCCUGAUUGAAGCCUGUAUUGAAGAGGACGGCAAGCUCUACCUGUGUGUGUCUAGCCCCACCAUCAAAGACAAGCCGGUCCAGAUCCGUCCCUGGAACCUGAAUGACAGUGACUUUGUGAUGGACGGCUCCCAGCCUCUGGACCCCAGGAAGACCAUCUUUGUGGGUGGGGUGCCACGCCCUCUCCGUGCAGUGGAGCUGGCUAUGAUCAUGGACAGGCUGUAUGGAGGCGUGUGCUAUGCAGGCAUCGACACAGACCCAGAGCUCAAGUACCCCAAGGGAGCAGGGCGGGUUGCCUUCUCCAAUCAGCAGAGCUACAUUGCUGCUAUCAGCGCUCGUUUUGUCCAGCUGCAGCAUGGAGAAAUCGAUAAACGGGUGGAAGUGAAGCCAUACGUCUUGGACGACCAGUUGUGUGAUGAGUGUCAGGGAACUCGGUGCGGGGGCAAGUUUGCCCCUUUCUUCUGCGCCAACGUCACCUGUCUCCAGUAUUACUGUGAAUACUGCUGGGCGGCCAUCCACUCACGCGCUGGUCGGGAGUUCCACAAGCCGCUGGUCAAGGAGGGAGGGGACCGGCCUAGGCACAUCUCCUUCCGCUGGAACUGAGAGGCAGAGGGGGGAGUAGGAGUCGCAAAAUCAUUGUACAAAUAAAUGCACUUUUCUGUUGCUGGUUCCUUUUUAACUCUAAUUUGGAGAAAAAAAAAGUUUAAUUUUAAAUUAAUAUUUUUUUUUAAGAUGAGGAGAUAUGUCAAGAAAAGAAAAGAAAAUGUGAAAUCCCAUGUGAAAUCCCAUUCUCUUGACUUUCUCCAGUUGCUUUUAUCUUUUAUUAGAGCAGAAUUUGAAAAGAUUAGGCUUUCAAUUGUCACCUUUACUAUCCAAUUGGCGUGUCAUUGACCAUCAACUUCAAUGCAGUAUGUUCAGUUCAAAUGUUCAUCCAAUAGGCUCCAGAGCAGUUGUUCAUCCAAUAGGCUCCAGAGCAGAUGUUCAUCCAAUAGGCUCCAGAGCAGAUGUUAAUAGCAAAGGUGUUGCUAAAGAAGAGUGCACUUAUUUCUUUAUUUUAGAGUGCAGAAUAUAAAGUCUCAGUAGUUAACCAAAGCUUAAUCUCAAUUAGUUUGAAAAAGAAACAAGUACAGAAACUUGGAUUAAUUCCCAGAUCAGAUGUUAGAAUAUUUUUUUCAGAGACCAUGCUAAUAUUUGAUGUUACUUGACAAGAUCCAUUUCACAACAGGCGUUCUGGUUUGAUCUCCAUUUUGACAUGCAAAAACUAAUACCUCAAGCUUAGCUGCUAAUGUGACGAAUAAGUUAAAGUAAGCUGGUAUCCCUCUUCCCUUAGAACCACAAUCAAAGGGAAACUGCGUCAGCAAAAAGACACAUUUUUAUAGACGCUGCUUUGUCACUUCUUUAUUUUUGUAAUCUGACCCAAGGUUGUACUAAGAAUGAACAGAGCAUUUUAUUGGGGAAUGUAUGGCGUUGGAGGUCCCUGAGACCCUCAGCGCUGGCCCGUAUAGAGAUAAGUGACCCCCCUCCCCCUCUGUGUCUGAGGCCAUGCUAGCUAGGAGAGGAGAGGCUAGUGCCUAGUUGUCAUCAGGGCUGCAUGUGAGCAGAAUGCCCUGUUUUCCAUGUAUUAUUAUUAUUAUUGCAUUGGUGCAAAUCUCCCAAUCCUUUAUUCACAACCGUAUUCUGUUUAUAACCCCCCCCGCAAAAAGAUAAAUGAAUUACAAAAUCCAGGCUUGUCAUCAACACAUUUCCAUCUAGAGGAGGAUGCAGUUAUUAGACCUGCAGACCUCUCUUCCUGUGCCAGCCCAGCUAACUCAGCCAGUGUUCUAAGCAUAAAUGAAGAUAGUCCAUGCGAUGUGCUCUACUACGUACGUCCCACAAUGCAGUUCACUCACUCAAACAAGACUGCAAUAAAGAGGUUAUACCUAGAUGCUUUAGGGAACCAAAGUCGCCUGUGCAGUAAUACAGUAUUUCAUUUCAGUUUUUCUGAGUUCGUUAUUCUUUUCCUAUUUUUCUUACAAAGACCAGAUGGACUACAGCAAACCAAAGAUUGGCCUUGAAUAGAUAUCAGUGCAGUCAAAAUCCAGGAAAACACUAGUGAAAACAACUGGACUUAUUCAGUUUACAGACACCCAGGCUUUUUCACCAGUCAAUCCUCUCAUUUCCAAAGGUCAAAAUAGAGACGUUUGUUGCUAGGCAGUUGUGUAAUGUGAAUAGGUCUGCAACAGGUUUGGGGAAAUGAACACAAAAAGCUAAACAAAGGCUCACAUUUGGUUUGGUUAUUAUAGUCAUACAGUAUCUGAAUCUACUAGCGUUUUAAUGUCAGGGAGGGAGUGCUGAAAUAGAAUUUAACACACUAGUGAAAACCGUAUCCUUGUGUUGGCUUGCUGGUGUUCUACUGCACCAUGACUUUAGCUUGCUGGUGUUCUACUGCACCAUGACUCUAGCUUGCCGGUGUUCUACUGCACCAUGACUUUAGCUUGCCGGUGUUCUACUGCACCAUGACUUUAGCUUGCCGGUGUUCUACUGCACCAUGACUUUAGCUUGCUCGGUGUUCUACUGCAUCAGUUCUGCACCAUGACUUUAGCUUGCUGGUGUUCUACUGCACCAGUUCUGCACCAGGACUUUAGCUUGCUGGUGUUCUACUGCACCAUGACUUUAGCCUGCUGGUAUUCUACUGCACCAGUUCUGCACCAGGACUUUAGCUUGCUGGUAUUCUACUGCACCAGUUCUGCACCAGGACUUUAGCUUGCUGGUGUUCUACUGCACCAGAACUUUAGGUUGCUGGUGUUCUACAGCACCAGGACUUUAGCUUGCUGGUGUUCUACUGCACCAGUUCUGCACCAGGACUUUAGCUUGCUGGUAUUCCACUGCACCAGUUCUGCACCAGGACUUUAGCUUGCUGGUGUUCUACUGCACCAGAACUUUAGCUUGCUGGUGUUCUACUGCACCAUGACUUUAGCUUGCUGGUAUUCUACUGCACCAGUUCUGCACCCGGACUUUAGCUUGCUGGUGUUCUACUGCACCAGGACUUUAUGUUGCUGGUUUUCUACUGCACCAGUUCUGCACCAGGACUUUAGCUUGCUGGUGUUCUACUGCACCAUGACUUUAGGUUGCUGGUUUUCUACUGCACCAGUUCUGCACCAGGACUUUAGCUUGCUGGUGUUCUACUGCACCAUGACUUUAGCUUGCUGGUAUUCCACUGCACCUGUUCUGCACCAGGACUUUAGCUUGCUGGUGUUCUACUGCACCAUGACUUUAGCUUGCUGGUAUUCUACUGCACCUGUUCUGCACCAGGACUUUAGCUUGCUGGUGUUCUACUGCACCAUGACUUUAGCUUGCUGAUGUUCUACUGCACCAUGACUUUAGCUUGCUGAUGUUCUACUGCACCAUGACUUUAGCUUGCUGGUGUGGUGGAUAAACAUUUUAGGAGUUAAACACUUUUUGAAGAAUUUGCUGUUAAUGAGAGAAAAAAAGAUUAUUUUAUACAUGGCCUGCUGAUUUUUGGUACAGUGUUUUCUAGCUAAAUUAUUUUGUCAUGCACAUAUAAACAUUUUAUGCACUACUUUUCUAAAUAUUUUUUUUUUCUUCCCAACAGUCAUUUUAGGCACAUUUUUCACAAAUGGGGAAAACUCCUUUUUGCAAUACCUCAAUUUUUCACAUUGUGAAAGGUAGCUUUUGUACUUUUGUUACUGAGAGAUCUGCAUAUAUGGACACUUUUCAUUUAACGAAAAAAAAUGUAGUGAUUUCGAUAUAUAUUAUUUUCAGUUAUGCUUUUUUCUACAUUUCAGUGCUGAGGAAUCUUCACAACCAAGUAGCGUACGUGCAUUGACGCGACUUCCGAAACGGCAGAGGAACGAUCAGUGUACUGCUUAAAGGGUCUUAGACCUUAUACACUAGAUGUUUCACAAAAAUCAGAUCUUAACAGCAUGGCGAGGACAAAGUUGUCAUUUAAAAUUUUAAUGUUAUUGUUUAAAAAAAAUGGCUAUCCUAGUUGGGGAAAAUGGUAACUUCUCUUUUUGGUUUCCUCUCCAUAGCUGGAAUAUAACUAUUAUAAGGAUAAUGCAAAUUAUGGUUCAUGCUUCGGCUGAAUCUCGUAUCACAAGAAUGGAUGUUUGGUGUUUAGAUAUUUUAACAUUUGAAAAUAUAUAUUCUUGAACUUGCCAACUAGCUCCUAUUGUAAUCCUUAGCAUGCAUGACGAAAAAAAGAUAAGUACAUGAAUUAGCUAUUGAAUUUGAUUGUUGUGGUUGUGCACCAGAUGUUUCUCAACUUUAAUUUGUUAAGGACACCCCCACACCUCACUUCUCUCCCAUGUGUUAAUAUCUUUGCCUUCUCCAUACUCAGACCUCUGCAGGAUGCAAAGAAAAAAAGAUGAGAAAAUAAGAAGAAAAAACUAACUCUAAAAUCUAUUUUAGCAGUGGAGGACUUGAGCAUCUUAUAGGACACUGUUGAAAAGACUUGAUAACUCAUCUCCACUGUCUGUUGAGGUAAUUCAACCAUUUGGGAAGAAGGAGAACUUUAAGACUUGAAUGUGGUAAAUGUUGCAAGUUAACUUCGAGUUGUUAUGUGCAAUACAUUUUAUUUUAUUUUUUUCCAGAUAAAGACUCUUUGCAAUGUAAUUCUUUUAAUGCCAUUUUUAAUUGCAGACAUUUAAAGAAGACGUUAAUAUGUUUUUCAGUCAUUUUCUACUGUUAUUGUAAUCCUUUUCAUGCUGGUGUUUGUAAAAAAGAAAAAGAAAUCAAACUAUUUGUACUAAUAUAAAUAAUUGAAGUUAUUUUUAAAACAUUAAAGGUUUUGUGCUCAUUUGUUUAUUUCAAGCUACUGUGAUUGCAUUGUAAUUAUUAGGUCAAUAAUGUAUUUAGCUGUUUAUUGGUAUAUUUUUAAUUGGAAUGUAUAAUUUUUAUAAUUUUGAUCAGAUUUUUGUUAUAUUUUUGAGGUGAAGCUUUUAAAGUGUCUAGUUUUUACUAAUUGCUAUAUUGUGCUCCACAAUAUAUGAUUAACAUUUUCUGAAGGAAAAUAAAUAUUUAAAUAUUUGUCUGUUAAUGAUGUUACUUAAUGGCAAAAUUUCAAUAGUUUUUAACUGUAUGGGAAGGUUGUUGUAUUUAUUAAUAGCAUUUUUUACUUAAGAUAUCACCUUAAUUUCUAUUGUCAUUUCACUUUAUAAGUUCCUAUUUUUGUAUUUUCCUUUCUAAUUAAGUUAUGUAAUACAAAAUGUCCAUAUUUCUAGGAGUUGGUCUGUAGCAGUGCUAGUGAAACGAAAAAUACAAUUCUGUUAUUUAAUUGUUUGCAGCCAACUAUUUAUAACAGUGCAUCAUUUUGAAAUAUUUGUAAUGUGAAAUGUUGAAUGAAUAAAACUUAACUGUGAUAAGG